ACCAGAUAGGGAUACAGAUACAGAAUCAUCGAGUCAACUCACUCUCCCUCUUGCCUCUUGGAAAUAUCGAUUUUAUAAACUAAUCUUUCUUACUUUGAUUGGAGUUGGAGACUUGGAGUCUUGGAGACCAAACAACCAAAAACCACCAUCUUUCUGGGCUGUAGGCAGUAGUGGGUGUGCGAAGGGAUCAAUGGGUUCUUGCAAGUCCCCUCACGUUGUUCUUCUGCUACAUGUCUUGCUUUGCUCUGUCUAUCGUUGCUUUGCCAUUGGAGUCGAUGCAAACCAGACAGCAAACCUGCUUAUCGAUGCUUCUCAAGCAUCCGCACGCCCAAUAUCUGACACGCUGUUUGGAAUUUUCUUUGAGGAGAUUAACCAUGCUGGUGCUGGCGGGGUGUGGGCUGAGCUUGUAAGCAACAGAGGUUUUGAAGCUGGGGGCCCUAACACUCCUUCUAACAUUGAUCCUUGGGCGAUAAUUGGCAAUGAGUCCUCUUUGAUUGUGUCAACGGACCGUUCAUCAUGCUUUGACCGCAAUAAGGUUGCACUCCGAAUGGAGGUGCUAUGUGACACCCAAGGCGCCAAUAGCUGCCCUGCUGGGGGUGUUGGAAUUUAUAACCCUGGGUUCUGGGGCAUGAAUAUAGAAAAAGGGAAGACAUACAAUGCUGUUCUUUAUGUUCGUUCAUCUGGAUCAAUCAAUGUAUCCGUAUCACUGACAGGCUCAGAUGGGUUGCAGAAACUUGCUGCUGCGAACAUUAUUGCUUCUGGUUCUGAAGUUUCAAACUGGACAAAAUUCGAGGUUCAGUUGAAAGCCCAAGGAACAAAUCCUAACUCAAGACUGCAAUUGACAACAACCAGUAAAGGGGUGAUAUGGUUUGAUCAAGUGUCAGCCAUUCCCUUGGAUACAUAUAAGGGACAUGGAUUUCGGAAGGACCUUGUCCAAAUGUUGGCUGAUUUAAAACCUCGGUUUUUCAGAUUUCCAGGUGGCUGUUUCGUUGAAGGUGAAUGGUUACGCAAUGCAUUUCGUUGGAAAGAAACAAUUGGACCCUGGGAAGAGAGACCUGGACACUUUGGUGAUGUUUGGAUGUACUGGACUGACGAUGGACUUGGUUAUUUUGAGUUUCUCCAACUAUCAGAGGACCUUGGCUCAUUGCCAAUAUGGGUGUUCAAUAACGGAAUCAGUCACAAUGAUCAAGUUGAUACUUCCAGUGUCUUACCAUUUGUACAGGAAGCUCUCGAUGGUAUAGAAUUUGCUAGAGGCAGUCCUAAUUCCACAUGGGGUUCUCUUCGUGCUGCAAUGGGACACCCAGAACCCUUUGACUUGAGAUAUGUUGCUAUAGGGAAUGAGGAUUGUGGAAAAAAGAACUACCGAGGAAAUUACCUUAAGUUCUAUAGUGCUAUAAGAAACGCCUAUCCUGACAUCAAAAUGAUUUCAAACUGCGACGGUUCUUCUCGUCAGUUGGAUCAUCCAGCCGAUAUGUAUGAUUUUCAUAUCUAUACAUCUGCCAGCAACUUGUUUUCUAUGGCCAAUCAUUUUGAUCACACGUCACGUAACGGCCCCAAGGCUUUUGUGAGCGAGUAUGCCGUGACUGGAAAAGAUGCUGGGAGAGGAAGUCUUCUAGCAGCAUUAGCUGAAGCUGGAUUUCUUAUUGGACUGGAGAAAAACAGUGAUAUUGUUGAGAUGGCAAGCUAUGCACCACUCUUUGUCAAUACCCAUGACAGGCGGUGGAAUCCGGAUGCAAUUGUCUUCGACUCCUCACAGCUCUACGGGACUCCUAGCUACUGGGUGCAAUGUCUGUUCAACGAAUCUAGUGGAGCAACUCUUUACAACUCAACACUCCAAACGAAUUCUUCUACUUCACUUCUUGCAUCUGCAAUUUCGUGGCAAAAUUCAGAAAACGAGAAUACUUACCUGAGAAUAAAGGUUGUGAAUUUGGGAACCUACACAGUGAAUCUGAAGGUUGUGGAUGGGUUGGAGCCAAAUUCCGUUAGUCUGUCUGGGUCAACAAAAACUGUGCUUACAUCAAACAACCAGAUGGACGAGAAUUCGUUUAACGAGCCAAAGAAGGUGAUACCCAAACGGAGCCUGCUAGAGUCCGCGGGUGAGGAAAUGGAGGUUGUAAUCUCUCCGCGUUCAUUCACCUCCAUUGAUUUGUUAAUGGAAUCGAGCGAUGUCAUCAGGACUACUGGAGCUGAUUCUGUCUCUGUAUCUUCUAUUUAAACUCCAUUGAUUUGUUAAUGGAAUCGAGCGAUGUCAUCCAUUGAUUUGUUAAUGGAAUCGAGCGAUGUCAUCAGGACUACCGGAGCUGAUUCUGUCUCUGUAUCUUCUAUUUUAAACAUCGAAUGGCAUGUAGUAUGUGGUCAGUCGAGUGACUCAAGUAACUUCACAGUCCCAGUGUAAUCAAAUACAAACUAAUCCAAUGUAAUUAUAUGAAAUAAUCCAACUACAACGGUUUAUCUUUGUUGGAACCGCUAA